GUUGUUUCGUAACUGGUCACGAAGCCUCGGCUACGUUUAGUGGGCCCCAAUAAUUUGUGGCUUUGGUUGGAAGAAGGCUGGAAACCAACCAUUCUUCUCAGACGAGAAGGAAACCCUUUGUAGUGCUUCCCUCCCACUCUUCGACGGGGCCAUGGAACGGGCGGGGCUCUCGACAGCUCCACUGUACACUGAGAUCAGUAGAAGUAUAUUGUUUCCUCCACCUCGCCCUCCUACUUGCUUCAUCAAAGGAAGAAGAACCGACCAUCAUAAAUCAAGACGGCUGAGGUCCAACUGCAGAGGAACAGAGAAAGACUGCAGUGACAGCAGCAGAAUGGACGAAGAUUGGAUGUCAUCGCCGUCGGCCACCCCCUACCAAAUCCUCGGUGUGGACUCCACCUCCUGCUCCCCCGCCCAACUCAAAGCCGCCUUCCGAGCCCGUGUCAAGGAAUUUCAUCCAGAUGUAUGUAGAGACAUGAAAGAUGCAGAUUCUAUAAUCAGACGUGUGAUUCAGGCGUACGAGGUAAUACUUUCUGUAAACCAACAAGUGGAGACCACUGAAAGGGUGUGCAUGGACCCAUUUGAAGAACCAGAAUGUGAGGCUUAUGACCUUUUUGUCAAUGAGAUUCAAUGUGUUGGCAAAGGAUGUCCAUAUUCUUGUGUUAAAAAGGCACCUCAUGCCUUUUCAUUCACUGGUGAGAACGGUACUGCUCGUGCAAUGUCUCAAGGGCAUGGUGAUGAUUAUCUCGUCCAGAGUGCUGUUGGGCAGUGCCCAAGGAGAUGCAUCCAUUAUGUCACACCUUCGCAACGAGUUAUUUUGGAGGAUAUGCUCCAGAGUAUCUUAAGUCCACCAUAUGACUUGUCGGAAGCAGAUUUCUUGGACUCUCUCAUUAUCAAAGCAAAUUUUGAAAACAAUCGAUACCAACAGCCCAAAAGGAAACCAAAGGUCUCAAGUAAAUAUGUUGAUUGGUCAUGACAUUGAGAGAGUGAUAGGAUGUGUAUUCCAUGUAAGCAACUACAAAUUUUGAGGUGGAUAGCUAUUUACAUCUUAGGCACAGUUGAUAUUUUUAUGGCUGUUUGAUCUUUAGGCUAAUGUACAGUUGGGAGUAUAUUUCUAUACAUUGACUAAUACUACUUGGUGUUGGACCAUAUCAAA